GUGCAGACUUCAAGGGCGGGCCCCACCCAGUGGAGCAAGACCCCCUCUUUCAGCUCUGCACGCAGAAUCGGGACAAUGGCAACAAGCUGGUGCAGGAGGGGAAGCUGGAGGAUGCGAUCGCGCGGUACUCGGAGAUGAUCAUGCAGAGCAGAGCGCUGGAGAAGGAGGAGGACGUGCAGUGGACCUCGGAUGGCCAGGACGCGGUGCGGCAGCUGCGUGCGGCGGCGUACCUGAACCUGUCCCUGUGCUUCCUGAAGCUCAAGCAGUGGCAGCAUGCAGUGAAUACCGCGACCCGUGCGCUGCAGGGAGACAAGGACCCUCCGGAUCCCAAGGAGAACGUGCUGGCUCCGGAGAAGAAGGCCAAGGCCUUGUUCCGGAGGGCCUUGGCGCAGAAGGAGGGCUGCGGGAAGCUGGAGGAGGCCCAGAAGGACUUGCAAAAGGCCCUGGAGUACGUGUCCGAGGACAAGAAUGUGCAGCAGGAGCUGCAAAGAGUGAGCCAGCUCCUAGCGAAAGAGAAGAAGCAGGCGGACAAGAAGCUCGCGGGCUUUCUGGCAGGUAGCAAAAAGGUGAAGGCUGGCACCGGGAUCUUCAGCGAGGCGGACCGCGCGCGGGACACUUCGGGGCCAGAGCUGCCACAAGACCCGGUGAAGGUGAGCGACGGCCUGUGGCUGGUGCCUAAGGACGAGGACAAAGAGGCCAAGGACGCGCAGGACGCCGGCGUGGAUCUCGACGAGCUGAGCCGAGAGAUCAAUGAGCUCCGGGAGGACAAGCCCGAGGUCUUCCAAGAGCUGCGAGAGAAGAUGAAGACCAUGGUGGAGGAGGAGGUGGCGAAGCACGAGGUGACGGGCGAGAAGGCUUCGGCCGAGGCUCCGGCGGACGUGUGA